ACGACGAAGAAGAAGAACAAGAACAAAAAAAAACGUUUCGUGCUAGUCGUGGCGACCACGCACACAAACACGUUUAUGAACAUCACGUCAUAAAGUGAUAAUAUGUGAUUAUUUUUUUUAUUUACGUCGCCUCAGGUCGAGUUGACGUUAGCUCAGUUCCGGUUAGACCAACCGAGCCGCCCGCUCUGCGCAUGCGCCAAUUAUCUCCUCAGCCGCCUGGAGCAAACACACGAAGAAGAAGAGGACAUUUUUUUUUUUAAUUAUUAUUAUGAUUAAGUAACUGCGAGCAGGAAGUAGACAGGAAUAAUAACUAGCCCGACUGCAUUGAAAAGCAAAAAGGGAAAACUUGCUGAGUCAUCAGCGCUCAACAAAUAAUCAUAAUAAUAAAAAAUGAAAACUGAACCGAUGGACGUCGGGAGACAUAUUUCUUCCCGUUUAAAGAGUUCCCGUCAGUGACGGGAGAUUUCGGUCGUCGUGCGGUUAUCGGUUAUCGCGUGUUGCUAGCAGACGGGCAGAGUCGCUAAAGGAUGGGAAGACUCGAGCCGGAAGAGUUGCUAGCGCGAGAGACCGACCUGCUAGUCGACAUGAAGUUGCUAGCGUAUCAGAAGCGUAGCGAGGGUACGAUGCAGCCGCGACGUUUUCGCACGGCUCAGGCGGUGAUGCGCUCAUUUUUUUUCUAGCGGCCGCGAGGGCGCCCUCGAGCGGAAAAGACAUGGAGUCGGAGGCCGAGGGUGGCGUGGGCGCCCUGGACCUGAGCCACCUGACGGAGGACGAGCAGGACGCCAUCUUGCAGGUGCUUCUGCGAGACAUGACCCUGCGGCGGCGCGACGAAGGACGCGUAAGGAUGCUGGAGCAGAGCCGAGCCGACCCGACGCGGCUGCGCUCGCAGUCCGGGGCGUGGUUCCGCGAGGCGUCCAGCCGCCGCCACCGCGGCCGGAUGUCCGGCUCGGACCUGGUGCGCGCCACCAUACGCCGACGCGCGCCCAAGCCCAGCGCGGGCGCGGUGACGGAGACCUGGGGGGUCGGCGCGCUCGACGGCCAGGCGGCGGCGGAGGGGCGGUCCGGGAGCCCGUCGCCGGGGGAGGGCGACGCCCGGCCGAGGGUGUCGGCGGACGACAGCCCGGAGGAGAGGAGGCCAUCCGGUUUCGGCUCGGCGCCAAGUAGGAAAAGAACAGCAGCGAAGGACGCGUACAAGCUAGACAGGAGGGAGUCGGUGUCCCUGUGCAGCAUCCCGAGCGACUCCGAACCGUCGUCCUUGCAAAAAAACAACAACUUCCAUUCAAGCUACACGCUGAGUGGCGGCAUGAUGAGUCUGUUCAGCUCGGGGGUCUUCGGCGUGGUGGAGGUGCGCGGCCGCGUGCAGUUCUCGCUGACCUACGACGGCCGCAGGGAGGAGCUGCGGGUCAGGGUGCACCGCUGCGAGGACAUCUCGGCGGCGGGGGACGAGAACCGGCCCGACCCAUACGUCAAAUGCUACCUGCUGCCCGACACGUCGACUCGCAGCAAGAGGAAGACGACGAUAAAGAGACGGACGCAGAAUCCCGUCUACGAGCAGACGCUCAAAUACAAAGUGCGGCAAAAAGAGCUGAAGAGUCGCACCCUGAACGUGUCGGUGUGGCACGCCGAGCCGCUGGCCAGGAACGUCUUCCUGGGGGAGGUGGAGGUGGCGCUGGGCCUCUGGGACUGGACCUGCACCCGGCCGCUCUGGCAGGACCUGCAGCCGCGGUUCUGCUUGACGCCGGACCGCAUCAGCAGCCGCGGCACCCUCCUGUUCUCCAUCAAGUUCGUCCCGGAGGGAUUUGAGAGUGGGUCGCCGCUCACGGGUGAACUUCACAUUUGGCUUCAGGAGGCUCAGGGGCUGCUGUCGAAAAAAGGGGGCGCCGUCGACUCGUUGGUCAAAAGUUGCAUCCUGCCGGACGCCGGCUGCCAGAGCUGCCAGAAGACGCAGGUGGUGAGGCGCUCGGUCAGCCCGUCGUACAACCACACCAUGGUGUACGACGGCUUCCAGAGCAGCGACCUGGAGGAAGCCUGCGCCGAGCUGAGCGUGUGGCAGCGCGAGGGCCUCAAGAUGGACGCCGUCGGCGGGAUCCGCCUCAGCUGCGGGACCGGUCGGAGUUACGGCGAGGCGGUCAACUGGAUGGACUCCACGGAAGAAGAAGUCUCCCUGUGGAAUUCCAUGAUCAAGAACCCGAACCACUGGAUCGAAGCCACGUUGCCCAUCAGGACCAACCUGACGCGGCGCUCCUCCGACUGACACCGUGGACUGAAAGCCUUUGUUGCCCAAAAAAGUCGGAUUUUGUACAGGACGCGAACCGAGCAGAUGACGUUUUUGUUCUUCUCAGCUGCCGCGUCAGAAAAUAGGAAACCCGUUUUUCCCGCCCACAAUCAAUGUUUAAAAUGCUAAAUUUGAUGAAACCCUAUUUUUCUUAAUUUGAAAUAAAGGGAAAAAACAC